GAGCGAACUCCCCAUCAUAAUCUGGGUCAUGGAAACUGCGCAAAAUGGGUUGCACUUGCACCAAAAUCGCGCAUUUCUUCGAAAACCGGUGUAUCGUUUCGAGAAUUUCGUCUAAUCCAAUAGACUGAACUAGCACGCGAUACGUUGUUAUCCACACUAUAAAAUGCCAUUCGAAAUAUGCAAGCUCUUACGACCAGCCGUUGCAUAUCUGUCAACGUGCUUGACUGGUUCUCGACGAGAGAGCCGUGCGUCGAUUGGCCAACGAUUUUCGGACAUCGACCUACGCGCGAGCCUCGAAACGUGCUAAUCACAGGAAGUGUACAAACGAUAUUUCAUCAAAUAUACACUACAUGCACGUGAAAAAUCACGUUCUAUCCUUUAUUCAGAUUCAAUCCCGCAAAAUAUUUUUCUAUUAAACCAUUCGAUAUCGUUUAACGCGUCAGAACCUGAGCACAGUCGCUCAUUCGUUGCGCACGUAAAACGUAAUCGGAAACUAUUGAACACGUAUAUGUAUACCACGUGAUAGAUUCAGUACUUCUUUAACCUUUAUUAUUUGUAAAUUUCUUCCUUAAUAAUUGAGAUAAAUUAACAUGAUAUAAAAUAAAAUUGAGAGAAAUAAAAACUAAAAUAUUUGAAUUAUUUAUAUAUUUAUAUAUAUAUUUAUAUAUUUAUGUUAUAAUAAAAUAGAAUUUAAAAUGUUCAAAAAAAUAAUUGUGGGUAUAUCUGGUGGAGUUGAUAGUGCUGUAGCAGCUUUUCUUUUAAAAAAUAAAGGAUAUGAUGUCACGGGAGUAUUUAUGAAAAAUUGGGAUAUUAAAGAUGAAACAGGAAAAUGUCAAACUGAUGAGGAUAAAGAACAUGCAGAAUGGAUAUGCAAAAAAUUAAAAAUCCCUUUUGUUGAAAUCAAUUUUGUAAAAGAAUAUUGGAAUAAUAUUUUUUGCUAUUUAACAGAACAAUAUGAAAAUGGAUGUACACCAAAUCCUGAUAUUUUAUGUAAUAAGUUUAUUAAAUUUGAUCAAUUUUUUAAUUUUGCUCGUACGAAACUUCAAGCAGAUGCUAUUGCAACAGGACAUUAUGUUAGGACUAGUUUUGGUCCUUAUCUUGAAUAUUUUAAAUUAAAUACUAAUGUCAAAUUACUUCAAGCACAAGAUCUACAAAAAGACCAAACAUUUUUUUUGUGUCAAGUACCUCAAGAAACAUUAAGAUAUUUCAUGUUUCCUCUUGGAAAUUAUUUAAAAAAAGAUGUUAAAAAAAUUGCUGAAAAAAUUGGUUUGGAUAAAAUCGUACAUAAAAAAGAAAGCACAGGGAUAUGCUUCAUAGGAAAACGAAAUUUCCAAAAUUUUAUAUCUGAAUAUAUAUCUGACAAACCUGGAGAUUUUAUAGAUUUGGAUAGUGGUGAAUUAGUGGGAAAGCAUAAGGGCUUUCAUUAUUGGACUGUAGGUCAAAAUGUGAAACUUGGAGGUUACCCAAUUGCAUACUUUAUAUAUAAAAAAAAUAUUGAAUCAAAUAAUAUUAUUGUAGUGAGAGGUACAAAUCAUCCAGCACUUUAUUCAGAUUUUAUAAUAACAAAAACUCCUCAUUGGAUAUCAUCAGAACCCAGUGAACUUAAUAGUUACUAUAGAAUGAUGCAUUGCAAUUUUCGCUUUCAACAUAGAGAUGCUUUAAUAUCUUGCAUAGUUCACAAAAAUUUAAGGAAUGAAUUAAUAAUUCAUAUUAAUCAACCUUUAAGAUCACUUACAGAAGGACAGUUUGUAGUUUUAUAUAAAGGAGACGAAUGUUUAGGUAGCGCUGUAAUUUCAUUCUGUGGUCCAUCGUAUUUCUUUCUAGACAAAGAAAUAAUGAAUUAUAAUGAAUUGAACGAGAAACAAAUCGCGAAUGAGAGUGUGUAACAUUUAUUCGUAUUUUCUAAUGAUAUAAUGUAUAAUUGUAAUUUAUUAAAAAAAUAAACUAUGUUUUAAUAUCUUAA